AAACACAGCCGCCGCACAACCUUGGGUUUCUUCUCCACUCCUUGCAUUCUCUUCCCGUGUCGUCCCUCCUUUUCUCUUCAUCUCAAUCUGAAUCCUGUUCUUUUUCUCCAUCCAUGUCUGCAUCCUUCGGAGGAGCAAAGGGGCCAGGGCUGUCCGGAUGCUUACCUGAUUGGAAUAAAUCAUCGGCACUCGCACCCAAGUUAUCAUCCAGGCCAAUCAUCAAUUACAGUUUGAAAAGGCUUCCUGCACUCUCUAUGGAUUUUGGGAGAGCAGCCGGUGCUAAUAAUAAUAAUAAUAAUAAAACAUCAAACACUAGGAUGACAGUCCACAUGUCAAUUGGUGAAAGUGGAGCUGCUGCUGCUGCUGCUGCUGGUGGUGGUGGUGGUCUAACUUACAAGGAAGCAGGAGUUGACAUAGAUGCAGGUUCUGAACUUGUGAGAAGAAUUGCAAAAAUGGCGCCAGGAAUCGGUGGCUUUGGAGGACUUUUCCCUCUGGGUGAUUCUUAUCUUGUGGCUGGUACAGAUGGUGUGGGUACAAAGCUUAAGUUAGCAUUUGAAUCUGGAAUUCAUGAUACUAUUGGGAUUGAUCUGGUUGCAAUGAGCGUCAACGAUAUUGUUACUUCUGGAGCAAAGCCUUUGUUUUUCCUUGAUUACUUUGCCACAAGCCGUCUUGAUGUAGAUCUUGCUGAAAAGGUUAUAAGAGGAAUUGUUGAUGGUUGCCAACAAUCUGAUUGCACUCUUUUGGGUGGAGAGACUGCAGAGAUGCCGGGCUUCUAUGCGGAUGGAGAGUACGAUCUAAGUGGCUUUGCUGUUGGUAUAGUUAAGAAGGAGGCUGUCAUUGAUGGGAAAAACAUCACAUCUGGCGAUGUUCUCAUUGGGCUGCCAUCUAGUGGGGUUCAUUCUAAUGGUUACUCCCUUGUUAGAAGAGUUUUGGAUCAAAGUGGACUCUCCCUCAAGGAUGAACUUCCAGGUGAAAACAUCACCUUAGGUCAAGCUCUUAUGGCUCCUACUGUUAUUUACGUAAAACAGGUACUUGACAUUAUAGGCCAGGGAGGUGUUAAAGGAAUAGCUCACAUAACAGGUGGUGGGUUUACAGAUAACAUUCCUCGGGUUUUCCCAAAAGGGUUUGGGGCACUUAUUUACAAGGACUCCUGGUCAAUACCUCCUAUCUUCAAAUGGAUUCAAAAGGUGGGAAGAAUAGAGGAGGAUGAAAUGUUGAGAACCUUCAACAAUGGAAUCGGGAUGGUUCUUGUGUUGAGCAGAGAAGCUGCCGAGAGAAUCCCAAAAUCAGUCGGAUAUCGAAUUGGUGAAGUAGUUGUGGGUGACGGAGUGACUUACCACCACCACCACCCAAAAUAAUUAUUUAUUUUUCUUUGUUUACAGAUUUUUUUGAAAAAAUAUCUGUAUCUUUUUUUGUUCCAACUUAUUGUGUGUGUGAGAACUGAGAACUAACAACUGUAUUAUUGGAGGAAAACUUAGAUUUCUACUAAGCAUGUAUGUUAAUUCUUAAAGAUUUUUUUCUCUUAUUUAUUAAUUUUUAAAUAUAUUUUUUUAUA